ACGAGGUCUUGUCUUGGGUGCUGGAGGUGCCGGAACACGUGGGUGCUGGGGAGGCGAGAGUCACCUGGUCACUGCGCUACCUAAUGGACGCCCACCACCGCGAGACCUUCUCCGGCGCCGACUCCCGCAGGAUGUCCACGCGGCUCACCAUCCUCAAGGACGACAUCCAGGCCGUCCUACCCAUAGCCAAGAGCUGGUCGGUGGUGAACACAGCGGUACUUACGGGGCGUCAGGUGUCCCGAGCCAUGAAGGUGCUGAUUGUGUCUCAGGCAGGUAAGGUGGCUGACGUCACCCUCCAGUCCUCCUGCAACUGCACCGACGAGGCCGCCCUCAAGGUAUCAGCGUCGUGUACUUCAGUGUAUCUGGAUGGGUCAGAGGUCCGUGGGAGCCACAACGCCACUGUGGUGGCUCGCUACGACAUCCUCACAGGAUCUGCAUCCUUCACGGUGUGGAUGCCUGAGCUCCCUCUCACCGUGCAUGUGGGGGACACCAAGCUCUCCCAGGUGAGGGGGUGGCGCUCCCCAGACCCUGCCACAACUGCUACCUAUGCCGUCAAGCUUCACCCUGCUGCCGUCCAGCAAGAUUUAACGCUACGCCACGAAGACAAUGCUGUCACGCCCUUCUGCUCAGUGCGCUACCAGCAGACUCCUGUACAGGUGUACGGGAGGUUUGUAGCUGUAGACGACAACAGUGGGCGUCAGUCUUACUUGUUGUCCCGAAGAGCUCAAGUGCGAGUGACUGAGUUAGUGGCUCACCUGCUGCGUGUGGCCGACACCUCUGUGGCUAUACUGGACCACACCACACUCAUGGGUCGAGCCCCUGGCCGCACCGAGGUCCAGGUACUGUCGCCUAUCACUGGCCGGGUAAUCGGGGCACGGGAGGUGCGGGUUGGGUCAGACAAGGUGUGGGUCAGUCGUCUUCGGGCAGCUGUCAUCUCUGGCCUUACUCUGUCUCUCCAGCCUGAUUCACACCUCCCUGAUGGCUACUCUGCCAUCACUGCUGUAACCCCCACACUCACUGCCAAGUAUCAGGAAGGUCUGGUGGACGUGUGGGUGGAGAUGAGUGAUGGGGUAGUGAUGCCCUUGAGGGAGGUGCCCCCUUCACACUAUACUCUCAGAGUCAGGUCCCUUGACCCCGGAGUAGUGGCUGUUGCCCCUUCACCCCGCACUGCCCAGCCCAGAGUCAUUGCUAUAGGUCAUGGUGCCGGCGACCUGCUGGAGGUGAGCUUGGAAGUGACUGAGGAAUGUGAGCAUAGGCGAGCAUCGCUGGCCAACACCAAGGUGCAUGUCAAGAUAGAUCUGGGCACCACCCCGCCGCCACUGCCUGCCCUCGACAAUGACCUACAGCCACACCACACCCACCCGGAUGACCCUACCCACCACAAGCUCAAGGUUCAUGUGUCUGAGCUGCCGCAUGCAGAUGCUGCUGCCCCACUUAAGAAUCAUUUGCUGAUGGCAGAGCAGCCACAGAUGCCAACACUCCACUCCCGCCACCAUCCACCUCGACCCAACGGUGUCACCCCUUUAGAGGUGGGCAUGUAUGUACUCCUGGCAGUGUUUGGUGCUGCCAUUGUGGUGUUUGCUGCCUCCUAUGUGGUGUAUACUUGGAGUGUUCGUGGAGGUAAACCCAUGUUGCCACCAUCUCACCACACUCGCCGCUCCUCCCACCAGAACCACCACGACUCCGUCACCAAUGCUCACGAUUGGGUGUGGCUGGGGAGAGCUACUUUGGAGAGGGCCUCUGGGAUGGGACUGUCUCCUCCCUCACAGUCAGCUUCAACUGGUAUGGUACCUCUCAGUGACCUGAAUGGCAAUAGCCAAGAGCAACAACAGCAGCAACAGCAACUACAGCAACAGCAGCAGAGCACCUGGCAGGAUCUCCAACGUCUGUCCCGUGGGUAUGAUCGUAGCCCUGCCCCCAUCAACAUUACCACCAACCCCACAGCUGAGGAGGAGAGCGAGACCACCCAAACAACCCACUCUUCUCGCCUGACUGGCUCCAAUACUUUCACUCGUCCUUCCCGCAAUACCCGCCGAGUAACUUUCAACAAUCUAAGUGAUGACGCAGCUGCUUCCAGCAGUGAGGAAGAGCGUCCCCCUAUUCCUCCUCAUCGUAACAUUGGGGUCAGUGCCAAUAUGGCCGGCCAUGACCCUCACCACGAUGACUCCAACCCACCCCCGGUGCCUCCCCAUGGCGUCAACGUCAUCAACAACCCCAUGGAGGAUGGGUACUCGGACAGGCAGGGGGCGAGUGGGCACGAAGGGGCUACCUUGAGCCAGUUGCAACAGGCAUACACCCAGCAGCAGCUUCUGCACCCCUCACACAUACAGCAGUUCCCCCAUCAACACCAGAGUCAUGAAGAGAAAGAAAUGAGUGAUCCUAAAUUCGUAGAAGUUAAUGCUGAUGACUUUGUGCGACUGCGAGGUGUGUGUCGAGGUCGAGCCGCCCAGGUGCGCCGUGCCACCAUUCUGGAGAACCCACUGCUCUCCUCAGCCCUCCCAGACAACUUCAGUGUCACGGACCACCUUGAUAACCUACCACCAUCCAUGGACUAUGACCAGCUCAUGGAGUAUUUCUCGAACCUCAAAGAAUCCAAUGCCUGAACCUCAGAUGAAGUUGGGGGCCAGAGAAGCAGCGAGGGAAGUGAGAAGUUUUGGGAAGCCUCACAAGGAUGGCACUCUCCAGACUCUACCCUUCAUUGCCCCCUGCCACACUGACCUCAGAACCCAGACACUGUCUCGCCUCACAAACUAUAUAACUUGUGUAUUCAGUGACUAUAAAUAAGUAAAUAAAUGAAUGGGGCAGCUACACCCGUCAUCUGUAUGAGAGUGAGCAAAACAAUAACUGAUGUGUCCCAUUGCUUGAGUUUGUGCACGUAGUGACUCUCCAAGCGCCCUGUACAUUAUCCCGAAUAUGUUACACAGGUAGAUGUAACCGAGAUUAUAAAUAAUUGCUGUACAUGAUACAGAAAAUUUAUAACAUGAAUAAGAUGUAUAUCUUUGUUCAAGUGUUCAUCCUAGGCUAGGAUUAUAUGUCAGCUGUAAGUGUGUUAGUGGUGUUGAGGCCGCGGUGUUGGUGCACUGAGAGCUGCCGGAUGUGUGUUGGGUGGUCACAGUCCCAACACACCCCGCCCAGUUUACAUGUCUAGAAGGAUAUAACCACAUUUCCAAACCUCUUCAUUGUUGUGAGCUGAUGACACAUCAAAGUCUACUUUAAAAAAAUAACAAUUCCGGACUUUAAACAUAUAUUUUUUUUAUGAAAAGUACAAGUUUGGACCAAUGGAAAUCUGCAUUGUUUUGAGAGCACCAUCUGCCUGUUGCUGACAAGUGACAGAGUUAGUUUAGUUAUCAGCUCACAACACAGGAGGGGAUUGAAAAUAUGAUUGAUAAUGAAGAUAAUUGUAGAAAUAUAUCAUCGAUAGCAAAAAGCCAUUUACAAUGUCUGGUGCAGUUAGACAAAUGCAUGAAUACUUCAAAUCAAUAUAUUACCUGCAAUAAUGCUAUACUUAAAUGCAGCAUUACUCUCCUGUCAGCAGCAGCUCUAGACUGCUAUACUGCUGUUAACAGUGCUGUGUUGACCUACAGUAAUGAUGCACUUACAGCAUGCUAUAAAUUCCUGGAGUACUGCUAACUUCUUGCAAUAAGUGCUAUACGGCUUUUUCUGCACUGUUUUGCAUCCAUAUCUGCAGAAAACAGAUUACAGUACUGGUGGAGCUGGUCUCUCUGUCCCGCGGUGUUGUUGUGUUGACUUAGUGCCAUCAUGUUGACGUACAGUGCCAUCAUGUUGACCUACAGUGCCAUCUUGUUGACCUACAGUGUCAUCAUGUUGAACUGUAGAGUCAUCAUGUUGAACUACAAUAUCAUUGUGCUAACCUACAGAACCUGCUGUUAUUGGCCUGCAGCAUUGCUGUAAAUGACCUGUACCAUAAUUCUCUUGGCUUUCAUAGUCUGUUUUUUACGAGUUUUCAACAUGUUAAUUACAAGUUUCUGACAUGUCAUGAAUGAAUUUGAGAGAAAUUUCUAACAUGUUUCUUUCAAUCUGUAACAUACUGUAAUUAUCGUGUGUUUGAGUGUUACUGAUGUCUCAAACAUGCUUGCAUCAUUUUUCUCAUAUUAACAUUUGUGACAUUCUGACAUAUUGCAAACAUAUUUGUGAUAUUUUUUAAAUGUCGCACUUAUGAUUGGAAUGUCUCAAACAUGUCUGCAACAUGUUUUUGACAUGUUGCUAAACAUGGCCCAAAUUCGUCUAAUGUGUGUGUUACUCUUAUAGAGAAAUGAAAGGUCAUGGGGCCUUGAAGAAAACCAGGUCAAUUAGUCAUUAACCUCAUCUUUGAUAUAGUUUGUGUUUCAUGAUUAGAAUGAGCACUACUUACACUAUAUACAGUACUUCAAGGUAAUUUGAUAGCACAGUGUGUGUUGUGCCAGCAAAAACCUGUUAGCCAAUGAAAAUUGGGUUUUUAUAGAGGGGAAAAGGUGUUUGGAGAGGUAAAAGAUAUUGGUGGAUAGAGUAUAUACAUUGGCAGAUGGAAACGAGCAUUGAGUGGGAUAUAUUAAUGUUGGUAGAUGGAAGAUACAUUAGGUGUUGCUACAGGGAAACACUUCUUAAUAGAAGGAAAACAGUCCUGGGGGAAGGGAAAACAAUUGACAGAAAGAAUAGGUGGCUAAUACUGUUAACAGAAAAAAGGUGAUUGUUUAUGAUGGAAGUGAAGCAAACUUAUGUUGUCAGGCUGACAGAUAAUGUACUGAGAGUGCCUACAUGUGCUGACAGAAUGAAGACAAGUGUUGGCAAAUUAGAGACAGAUGCUGGCAGAAUGAUGUAAAGUUAUUGCAGUUCUGAUGUCAGUUAGUAUAGGUCAGUGUUGUGUGAAUGAGGGCAGAAGUGUGCCGUUAAAACAGCUGUGGUUAGAGCACAGACAAAUGUAAAAAAAAAAUAAUAAUAAUUUUGAGAAGUUGGCAGAAUUAAAGACCUGGAUGUUCACACAUGUGAUGCCAUCUUGUUGACAACUGAAGGUGCUGGGUAUUCUACCUCUAUUAAACCCUUGAGUAUGAUGACUCAACUCAAGUAUGAUAACUUUUCCCCCCUUGAGCAUGAUGGCUCGAUGCACUGAGGUAUGAUAACUUUCUGCACCCUGUGUAUGAUGACUCUACCAGCCAGGGUACAAUAACCUUUUGUUCCUUGAGCGUGGAGUGGGUCAUCUUAUCCAAGGUAUUAAUAAAUGUGGGUAACUGACAUACAGGUUGAAAGUGACCUCUAUUUAGAUCUGUUGCAGCAUAUUAAAACUUUUUCUCAUGAACUGCAUUAUAAAUUUAUUACCAGCUAAGAGAAAAUUAAAUUAUUAUAUUAUACUCGGUUGUGUUUUGUUAGAUAAUGUCUUACCUCAAGCAAACUUUACUGACAUAGUUAUCCUCUAUACUUUAUUUUUUGAGAUUACGUAAUUUUUAUAAAAGUUCCUCCUGUUUAGAGGCCGUUACUGUCAGUUCCUAAUUCUAAAAACAGCAAAUCUAUAAACAACAAAAUCUGUCUUUGUUUACACCAUUCAAUGUUUCAUUUGGUGCCAAAAUGAUAUUGUUUCUAUUUUCUCUGAAAUUCACAAUCUUCUCAACCUCCUGCUAAAAUAUUCAGGUAUAAAUACGAUCAACUUAUAAUGUAGGCUUAUACAGUAUAACUUUUAUUUACUUUGGUUUAAUGUGAAAUUCUAAAUCUGUUUUCUACACUCCAAACUGUGUUAAUGUUUAUGGAACCAUGAUUUUAAAGAUCCACAUCAUCAAAGACAAUUGAGGAGACACAAACACAUAAUUUAUCCUGAUUUACUUGUUUCUGGUUGUACAGUAUAUUGUUCCCAGCAUCUUUGUACCUGCCACUAGUGGGACAUCUGUUCCCCUUAUCCUUUUUUGUUUAGCAAUAUUAUAAUGAGAUUCUAGGUAGAAGAGGUGAUAAUUCAAAGAUGUACAUGUGGGUACAUGUUCACAAAGGCUUGUAAUUAAUAUUCUUAAGUAAAAAUGAGAGAAAAUACCUAACGAAUUCACUUAGUUAAACAUAAAAAUUUACAAAAUUGGCAUCAAAAUUUCACUGAACUCUUCUUUCGAUGCUUCACCUGGCACCAUAUAGAAGACAAAAUUAUGGUACAGUACAGGAAUGUUUGAAAGAGAUCCCUUACCUAAAGUUUAUCUGGUGCUGAUUGAACUUUCUAGUAAAGGUGUUUUUGAUGUAUUUCUGAUGUUAUUUUGGUUUGAUCUUUUUUGUACUUUAUUGAGAAGUCAACCAGUUAGUUGCAUUCUUACAGCUUUAAUUGUAAUGAAUAUACAUCUUAAAACCUUUGAGGAUCUUGACCUCUAAAAUCUGGAAGAAUCUUAAAUUGAAUCUUCACCUCUUACUGGUUCAAAAGAAGACUCUGUACACCUGACGACAUCUUGGCCACCUUCUAUAGUCACAGCUUAAGUGAGCAAGUUAGAUAUGCUCUUACAGUCACAGUCAGAUGAAAGACUUAACAUUGAUCCCAGUAGCCAUUCUACAUCAUUUCAUCAUGGACCCAACAUUGAGAAAUUUCCUAAUGUCAUUUCAAUGUUGCUUAAAUAUUCUAACAUCUAUUCUCUCUGGGCAACGUCUGGAUUCUUGAAAAUUCAAAAUGUUUUUCUCUAACUAAGGAUAAGCAAAUGUAACUUAUUGUAGUGGAGUAUCAGUGCAUUCUAGUCAUCAUUUGCUUGGCAUCUAUCUGCCAAAACUCAAGUGACACAAUUAGAUACACAUGAUUACAAUUGAGGAGAAAAUUCUAAUGAGUGAGCCUUUGAGAACCCGGACCAGUGAUUCAUAUUUUCCUGAAGAGUGACUCAACCGAUAUAUCACAAGAAAUCAUUAUACUAUACUACACUUCUGUACUUGAAAUUUGAUGAUGAUAAAUAUAUUCCUAAUUUAAACCACUACUGUAUGUAUACAGUAUAUGGAGACAGGUACAGUAUCCUUGUUUAAAGUGUAACUAUAGAUCCUUCAUGUACAUUAUACUACAUAUAAACAUAAAAUUAUAGAUACUGUAUAUAAUUUAAAGGAGCUAACUAAUGUACCACAGUACCCCAAAAUAGUAUUGCUACCCAUGGGGCCGAUGUGUUCGUGAUUUUAUGAGCAGUGUUAGUCCACUAGUUUCAGAACAGUUGGUUACAGUCUGCCACAGGUAUUGGUACUAUGUGGAUCAAAUUAUCUGUCAACAUUUAUGUGCAGAGAACUGACAGAAUUUCAAAAUAACCAGUAAUUUAAGUUUUAUACCUGUGGAUAUCCUAUACUGUACAGUGUUGAGUAUACAGCAUUUGAAGAUGGGGAGCAGGCAUACCAACCUAUGGCGAUGCACUGGAGAAUAUAUCAAUGCAUUUCGUCCAGCAUUUCAAAUUGUAAAAACAGUAAAAGUAACAUUACUUUUGUGGUGACAAAGAGUGCACUAAGGUAAAUUAGAGAGAAAGAGAGAGAGAUGAUUUUGUGUCUGUGGACUGAAAAGUGAGUGUUAUGUCAACUAUGAACUGCUGAACUUAAACUUGUACUAUAAAAUACAAAAAUUCAGGUGUGCUAGUGAAAUAUAUGUCUUCAGACAUACCUGACUUUUUGUAGGUACAGUAUAUGUUUAAUUCAAGUUGUCCAGAGUUAUUACACAACACACACACACAUAGUACGCAUUCAAUACACACACUACAUAUAUACAAUGCACACACACACGCAAUAUACAGGUACACACACACAGAGGUUCCAAAGCAGUAUUCCUGCGUUUGAACUCCUGAAAUAACUUCUUCGUAAAAGUAUUCAUAAUAAUUUGUUCUAAGAAGGAAAGCAGAAAGGUGCAUUUCUCAUAAUUUCCACAAUGAUACCUUUGUAAAUACAGUAGUCACGUGCUUACAAUUGGUUAAACUUAUAUUUUCAGUGGAGAUAUUCUUUUGUUUGUUAUCUUUACAAUGUAUAAUUUAUACAUAGAUAAUAUACGUACAGCAUACUAUUUUUGUUAUGUUACUGUGAUUAGCAAAUAUUAGAUUACUUGUCCAGUCACUCCAAAAGGUACCUUUAUGGAGGAGUCCGAUGAAUUUAAAAAUGAACACUGCGGCUCCUGUUGUCUCGGUAGGGUUGUCAAAAUCCUUCAUCAGUUGUCAUAUUGUCUCACACAAAAUUGUAAAAAUAGCUUUUAGAGUGACUAUUCAUUAUUACUGUUUUAAUGUACUGUACUGUAUUUUCUGCAACACUACAGUAAUGAAUUAUUGUGUGAAAAACUUAUUAUACUGUACUUCAUUUCUGUGACUAGAAACGUCAGUUCAGGUACAGUAGUAAAAACAGUGUAAAGUAUGAGAGCGCCUCACUUAGCUCCUCCAAAAUUUGAUUCACCUAUCUGUCCUAUCAACAAAGAAAUUACUACUGUAUACCCACUACCAGAAUUUUGUUAGGAAAAUAUUUAAUUAGAAAUUGGGAAAAGUUGGGCCGAGUCUUGCUACAGAGAAAUAGCGAGAGAGUGAGUGUGUUUAGAGCUGGCACCAUCCUUACCCUGGGUUUACCACGUGCCACAUUUUCCAAGAAUCGUUUUAGCAUUGACAGUUAACAAACAUUGACAUGAUAAAUUCCUUCAGCUGGAUUACUUUGUUGUAGUAAGGUUACAAUGCUGGAUGAGUUUGCUGUGUGGUCAGGUUUAAACACUAGGGACAUUUGUUACAUGGUAAGCUUACAACAAUGACAUGGUUUAAUGUCUCAAAAGUAAAAAAAACUUUUGCAGGUGCUCAAAAUUAUUGCAUCAUAGAUUUAUACAAACACACAGUGCUUGAUUAAGACCAGAAUUAUAUUUGAGUUCACAAAAAUUAAAUUUAAGUAUACACGUACUGUACAGUAUAUAUGAUGUCUGACCUUCAUAAAAAAAAUUGAAACUUCAAAAUAAUUAUCUUGAGGCUGAACCUGUUACUAUGAUAUAUUAUCCUCAUUAAAUGACACAUUAUGCACAAGAAACUAAUUUUUACAAGACAUACCCAUAUUCCAAAGUUCACUGUUAAAUAAAGUGUUGGAACACAGCACACUACCUUAGCUCUCAGUUUUUGUAUCUUACCAAACCUUUGGCCUGGAUAUGUUUUGCAUUUUUUAUAUCUAGAUAAAAAAUUUAAGUGUUCAGAAACUCAGUGAAAAAUAACAGUUCUUGGAUUAUUUUUUUACCAUUUCAGUAGCCUCCAAAAAUAGUCGCACCUGGAGUUUAAUACAUUUUAGUUAUACUGUAUUGAAAACCAUGUACAAGGCACUUGUUUCCAUCUAGUUCAGACUAUAUUUAAUUUACCCUCUAAAACAAAGAUGUUAUAAAGUUCUUGUAAAGACACGUGAAUUGAACAUCCAGUCACCAAACUUGAACCAAAGCUAAUUUUGUUUAGAUCACUGUUUACUUUUACUGAUUUUAAAAUUAAUUUAUUCAAUUUGUUUUCCAAAAUAGAACAGUUAUGAAAAUGUCUGAUCUGGAUGGAAACAAAUAUUGACCAUCAUUGAGUUUGUCUAUAUAUAAUACUAAGAUGUGAAACAACAUGGUCAUGGUACCAACAUGAUGAUACAGCAAUAUACUUUAGCAAGGAUAGUAAAUUAGAAUCAUUACUAUUUCUAGUCAUAAGUUAGCUGUAGAAUAUUUUAAUUUAUUGAUUUACCCCUCAUUGAAAAAUUCAUAGCUGUAUGAAUUGGUAUAUUUCAAAAGGUAUCUGGAAGUGGUUGGCGGCAAGAGUUCCACAAUGUGUUUUGUGAAAGGAAUAAUGGAACCAUGCAUGAUUGAACCAAACUUUACAUGGAGUUCUGUGCUUGUGUGUUCUUUUCUUUCACUAUAAGGUAAGAAAAGUAUACUAUUUGAUAACUUUUAGAAAUACUGUACUGCCACCAACCUUAGAAUCUAGUCUAUGAAACAACAUUACUCACAUGAGGUUGUGCCAUGUUGAUCAAACUUGAAAAUACUAAUGCAUUUGACUCAUGGUGGUUGUAUGAAUAAAUUUACCUCUGCUUCUGAAGACAAUCAGAUGCUUUGGUGAUGACUGUUUGUGUGGAAGCAUCAUCUAGUCAGAAAGAAGGAGCUUGUGUGUAAUACCACCUUUAUACUCAAAGUCACAUUUACACUGUUGGGUCAGCUUAUGGCUUAACAAAAUUCAACCACAUCUCUCGCCAAAAACAAGCUAAAAACUUCUUCUAUGUAAUGCCGUUGUUUCAUAUGACGGAUAAUUAAUAAUAUGGCGCAGCAGGAUAAAUAUUCCAAGAAGGCGUCAGAGAGGACAGAGUAGGUUUAGUUGUAUUGUCAGCUCACCAGACUAGCAGUGUGUGUGUGUAUGUAAAUUUGAGUCAGAGAUUAUCAACUCAGAUGAACCUUGAAUAGUACUGAUCUCAUACUUUGUUUAAUGUGUUCUGGAUUACAAAGAUAGCCUUACUCUUGUACUCAAGCCUCUUGAAGAUUAUUAUAAGUCAUAUCUAUUACAGUUACUGAUUUGGUUGACUUGUCUGGAAACUUGCGCUCUUGAUGGGAAGGAAGAAGUCACUUGCUCGCUGUGGUAUGAUGGUGGCUGAGACUGUGGGUCUUAUAGUGGCUAGUCGAAAAUUUGGACCUUUUUAGUUAACGUAGUUUGGGGUCCUUUAUCCACAACUUCCCACAGGUAAACCUGGAGUCAAUGAGUGUAUACUUUGAUUCCUUCAAGUCACUAAAAGACUAACAUGAGUGAAAGUGAUAUUUUUUUUGACAAUGUCAGGAUGAGGUUUAUAUCCCAUAGGUGUAGACGUGAGAAUGACCUGUAUGUACACUACUCAUAAGGCUUAAAUUGGAUGUUCAUGUCUCUUGCAGUGUCACUGUCCUCUUCGUAGGAAUCUCAUACCUGAAUUUUAUCCUCAUUUAAUUCAUUUUAACAGCAUCAUUACUCAUUUUUAUUCAUAAUUCAACCAUGGGUGAUGCAUAAUCUUGCACACCCUAGAGCCACACCUCUACUUCCUUCCCCCAUGUUAUAUUUUACUGAUAUUUUCGAACAGGUAAUCACUUUCUCAGCUUUUACUUCACACCUUUCUGUUCUGCCCACCUCCUCCACCUUUUUAAAUUGCUUUUAUUGCGGGUUAUUACGGUAGUCUAUUCUACUCUUAGUAUGACUCGCCCCAUCAUUCUUCCAUAUUUUCCAGGUCCUUUCAUAUCAAAUUCUUUAUAUAAUUACAUUAUUGAGUUCCCAAUCCCUCUAUUCUCCUCUUUAAUUAUCACUUCUCUAUCUCUUCCUUUUUAUUAUUUCUCACCACCUUAACCCUCUUCCUCUUUUACCACUGACUCCACUCCCCAGAUCCCAAGUCAAAUUAGAAUUUCAGAGAUUUUCAUGGUUGGGAUCUGGUCGUGGGGUCAAUGAAGCCAUCAUUCCACAUAAGGUAACCACAGGCUGUACUCCUUUUUUCUGCAUUAUCUACAACCUCACACAAAAAAAAUCUUCAUUCAGAUGCACUGUUAAAAUUCUUACUAACAAAAUCCUGAUGCUCUUAUCUGUCUCACAGACCUUCAUAUGUGAUACUUGUUACGUGUAAACAAAUAUUGAUUUCAUGUUUAUCAUCCGUAGUCACAGAAAAUAUUGUUCAAGAAUUUGAAAGAUCAAACUCUUAAUCCCCAGUGAAGAAAAAUAAAAUACUGUAUUUGAAAAGGAUUAUUGUCACUGGGGGGUAAAGUUUGACUAUGCAAAUGUAAAAUAGGGUCAUAUUUUCUGUGAGUACAGUACUAAGUAUGUAAUUUUUGCUAAUGCUUCCUAAAUGUUAUUAAAAGUCACAUUUGGAAUGAGCAUACUAUAGGAAAACAUUACUUUCUAAUGCCUAUCAAUUUUUUUUGUUAUGUUUCCUGUGAGUAAUGAUGAUAACAAUACUCUGAAUAUGUGUGUAAAUCAAACAUGUAUUGAUCUCAAAGUCUGGGCCCCCAUAGAUGGGGUGUGGACUUCUCCACAAUGUGUGUGGGAUCUGGUCAACAACUACUACAAACUGUACAGUCGUUAAUGCUGUAAGGAUGUGAAAUAAAAUAUCUUUACACUAAUACAAAA